AUGAUAAACGACGAGGGAAGAUUGGUGGAUAUUUAUAUCCCUCGCAAAUGUUCGGCGACAUCCAAACUAAUCCAUGCUAAGGAUCAUGGGUCUGUGCAAAUUAACAUUGGUAUGACCGAUUCCAAAGGGGCCUACCACGGCAACAACUUCACCGUUGCCUUUGCUAAAUCAAUUAGGCAAAGAGGGGAAUCUGACUCGGCGCUAAACAGAAUCUUGCAUCAGCAAGGUCUCCUCUCAUUUUCCGAAUAA